AAGAUUUUGAGUUGUGACCUGACUGACUCAAACGCACCUCACCAUGCCCAUUUCAAACAUCCCAUAGAACGCAUACUGGAUUCAAUUCUCCUUUCGAAAAGGCAACUCAAUUUCCAGAUUUCAAGUAUCAUCUGUCCUAACAAUCCACUUUCUUCCCCAAUCUACUCCUUAAAUCAGUCUCUGGAAACCCUAACUCCUCUUUUUCAUCAAUUUCUUUGUGUGCCUUCCAAACGUUGAACUUCAGGUGUGGGCCUUCUCGGAAUUUCUUUUGACUUGAAGAGUUGUGUCCUGCAAGUCAGUCAUUCCAAGGACAUCUUCGACUGAGGUUUUAGAAUGUCGGACGACUUGAUGCUUCAUUUCUCCUCAACCUCGUCGAACCAAUCCGACAAUUCUAAAAUGGCGAAGCUCGAGGCGCGGAUGGUACGCAAGCCCGCUUCCGCUCCUCAACCCGUUUCCUGGCCUUCUGCUGCUAAAUUCGGGGAUGCUGAGACCCUGCCGGAGCCUGUGGUGUCUAGUGAUUCCGACGAUGACGACAAUGGAGGCGAGUUUCUUAUACAAGCAAAUACUUCAAAGCGCCGUAGACUUGAAGAAGAUACCAGCUUAAUUGCCUAUGGAAAUGUUGAGGCAGUGGCGAAUACAGGAAAGAAGAGCAUAGAAAUUACAGACACCAGCAAAGUAGGUUCAGAAGAAAAUAGAAGGAGACAAAGCCGUGGUAGGGGAAGCUCUGCUACAGGUAGAGGGCGUGGUUCCCGAAAUGGAGAUCAGACAAAAGCCCCAAUGCUUUCUCCAUCAAAUGGUCAACUUGAAAACUCAAACCAUAUGGAUGAGAUCAAUUCUUUACGAGCUAAAGUAACAGCUUUGGAGGAAGAACUAAAGAAAUCCCAUAAAGAGGCCUCUGAUAAUCAACAUAUGUAUCAAGAACUAGAGAAGGAGCUGAAGACACUUAAAGAUAAUGAGAAGCAGAUGAAGCCAAAGAUAACAAAAAUAAUAUCAGAAUUGUUGAUAUCUGUUUCAAAAGCGGAGAGACAUGAGGCACGGAUGAAAGUGCGCCAAGAUUCUCUGAGAUUGGGUAAUGUAGGAGUAAUCAGAGCUGGGACAGUGAUAUCUGAGGCAUGGGAAGAUUCUGAGCUGGUCAAGGACCUCAAUGUGCAACUUAGAAACUUAGCUGAGAGCAAAGAAUCUCUUGAGCGGCAGAGAAAGUCCAAGAAGAAACGACAUUUAGAUAAAAGUGAUGUAGUAGACGAAGAAGCUGGUAAUCAUGAAGAAGAUUAUUUCUCUCAGGAUGAAUAUUAUAGAUCACGUUUAGCCAGCAUUAAGCGGGAGGAAGAAAUGAUGCUGCGUGAAAGAGAUCGCCUUGAAUUGGAGAAAGUAAGGCUAAUACGCGAAAUGAAACGCAUACGUGAUGAGGAUGGUUCUCGUUUCAACAGCUUUCAGAUUCUGAACCGUCGAUAUGCGUUGUUAAACCUUCUUGGUAAAGGAGGGUUUAGCGAGGUUUAUAAGGCUUUUGACUUGAUCGAACAUAGAUAUGUUGCGUGUAAGCUACAUGGGCUAAAUGCUCAAUGGAGUGAAGACAAGAAGCAAAGCUAUAUACGACACGCAAUCAGGGAGUACAACAUCCACAAAACUUUGGUGCAUAUUAACAUUGUUCGUCUUUGGGACAUAUUCGAGAUAGACCAAAACACAUUUUGCACUGUCUUGGAGUACUGUAGUGGAAAAGACCUUGAUGCAAUUUUGAAAGCAACACCAGUUUUAUCAGAAUUUGAAGCCAGGUUUAUCAUUGUUCAGAUAUUCCGUGGCCUUGUCUACUUGAAUAAAAGAUCACAGAAGAUUAUCCAUUAUGAUUUGAAGCCUGGGAAUGUUCUAUUUGAUGAGUCACGUAUUGCGAAAAUGACUGAUUUUGGCCUUAGCAAGAUAGUAGAAGAUGACGUUGGGUCAAAAGGCAUGGAGCUCACGUCCCAGGGAGCUGGAACAUAUUGGUAUCUACCUCCAGAGUGCUUUGAACUAGGCAAGACACCUCUGAUAUCAUCAAAGGUUGAUGUUUGGUCUGCUGGCAUUUUGCUCUAUCAAAUGCUAUUUGGCAAGCGUCCUUUUGGGCAUGACCAGACACAAGAACGAAUUUUACGAGAAGAUACUAUAAUUAAAGCGCGGAAGGUGGAAUUUCCUUCAAGGCCAGCCAUCUCUAGUGAGGCAAAGGACUUUAUUCGGCGUUGUUUAACAUAUAAUCAAGCAGAGAGGCCAGAUGUCUUGGCUAUAGCUCAAGAUCCAUACCUAAAUUUCCAAAAGAAGUAAUUAGACAAAAAUCAUCUCCCCAUUGGCUGAGGCUCAGGAUGGCAGGAAAGUAUAUCUCUCCAUGACUUUUAGGUGAAGGAGAUUAACUACAGAAUCACAGGGAAUUUUGUAUAGUAGUUGUAAAGCCUAUAUCCCUGCAUCAUUAUUCUUAUCCGAAAGGUGUUAAAAGUUAUAAUUCAGUUCUCAUGUUCUGGAUGGUAUGGGUGGGUUGCGAAAAUUGUACAAUCUGCCAGUCCGGUUUUAUGUUCUUUUUUCGUCGCUGGUUUGUAUAUUUUGUUGUGGAAAGCCUGGUAGAGCAGGCAAAGGAAUUUGUAAUUCAUAGAAAAACAGCAGGAAUUGUGAGUUUGCACAAUAAUUGUUUCAUACAUCUCAGAAAAAUAUGCUAUGGCAUCUGCUUUUGCCUGCUGAUUACUGGCCU